GCCGCCGCCAGCCGCGCCGACCCAGCGAGCCGGGUCGCCGCAGCCGCCUGCCUGCCCGUGCCUGGGCCGCGGUGGGCCAGGAUGUCGGGCUUCCUGGAGGAGCUGCUCGGCGAGAAGCUGGUGACGGGCGGCGGCGAGGAGGUGGACGUGCACUCCCUGGGCGCCCGCGGCAUCUCGCUGCUCGGGCUCUACUUCGGCUGCAGCCUGAGCGCCCCCUGCGCGCAGCUCAGCGCCAGCCUGGUCGCCUUCUACGGGCGCCUGCGGGGGGACGCGGCGGCCGGGCCGGGGGCUGGGGCUGGGCCGGGGGCCGGGGCCGGGGCCGCUGCGGAGCCCGAGCCGCGGCGCCGCCUGGAGAUCGUCUUCGUGUCCUCGGACCAGGACCAGCGGCAGUGGCAGGACUUCGUGCGGGACAUGCCGUGGCUGGCGCUCCCCUACAAGGAGAAGCACAGGAAGCUGAAACUUUGGAACAAAUAUCGAAUUUCCAACAUUCCAUCGCUAAUAUUUCUAGAUGCCACCACAGGGAAGGUCGUGUGCAGGAAUGGGCUGCUGGUGAUCCGUGAUGACCCAGAAGGUCUGGAAUUCCCUUGGGGACCUAAACCCUUCAGGGAAGUCAUUGCUGGGCCUUUGCUUAGAAAUAACGGGCAGUCCCUGGAGAGCAGCAGCCUGGAAGGGUCUCACGUGGGUGUCUAUUUCUCCGCACACUGGUGUCCACCUUGCCGCAGCCUCACCCGGGUCCUGGUGGAAUCCUACCGGAAGAUCAAGGAGGCGGGCCAGAAGUUCGAGAUCAUCUUUGUUAGUGCAGACAGGUCAGAGGAGUCAUUCAAGCAGUAUUUCAGUGAGAUGCCCUGGGUCGCCGUCCCCUACACUGACGAGGCCCGGCGGUCACGCCUCAACCGGCUUUAUGGAAUCCAAGGCAUCCCCACUCUCAUCGUGCUGGACCCGCAGGGGGAGGUGAUCACGCGGCAGGGGCGGGUGGAAGUGCUCAACGACGAGGACUGCAGGGAGUUCCCAUGGCACCCCAAGCCCGUGCUGGAGCUCUCUGACUCCAAUGCUGUGCAGCUCAACGAGGGCCCCUGCCUCGUCCUUUUUGUGGAUUCUGAGGAUGACGGAGAGUCUGAGGCAGCCAAACAGCUGAUCCAGCCAAUAGCUGAGAAAAUCAUCGCCAAGUACAAAGCCAAAGAGGAAGAGGCCCCACUUCUGUUCUUUGUGGCAGGGGAGGAUGACAUGACUGACUCCCUACGAGAUUACACCAACCUGCCCGAGGCCGCCCCCUUGCUCACCAUUCUGGACAUGUCAGCCCGAGCCAAGUAUGUGAAGGAUGUGGAGGAGAUCACCCCCGCCAUCGUGGAAGCCUUUGUGAAUGACUUCUUAGCAGAAAAGCUCAAACCAGAGCCCAUCUAGGGGGCCUCCGGCCUCACAAGACAUUAUUUAAAACUCAGUCUUCUCCUCCUCCCCUUCCUUCUCUCCACCUUUGGACUUUUCCAGCGUGUCCUGAAGCACACAACCCCAGUGUCCAACCUCUCUGUGGUGCCUUGUUUUCUGCGUAACUCCUCAGCUAGCACCCUGGGGUGCGUAUCCUCGCAGCAGCAGCAGAACCUGCCAUGUUUGGAGGAUCCACGGGGAUGCAUAACCCAGCCAGAACUGUGACUGCCUCACCCUGCAGAGUUCUUGGGGAAAUAUUUGCCAGGGUGUUCUCCAGAGUAAGCACCAAAGGGCUGUGGGUUGGUUCUGGCCUGACUCUUGUGUAAGCACCACACGCACAGCCCAAGCCAGCCAGAAGGGGACAGCCCAUCGAUCCACAUACAUGCAGGUGGAGCAGAGACAGGGCCACGUCCUCGGUAGGCCUCAGCUUAGAGCUGUUGGUCAGAACAUCAUUUUCUAAGUGACUUAGUCUCUCUUGGUCUGAGGUUGCAAACAGCAGCUUGUCAGUGGGCUCUUGGGCAGGGGAUCUCCGUAUCUAAAAGGAAGCUUGUGUUUUUCUUCUGGUGAGAAAAAGAGUAGCUAAAGUAACAAACUAUAUAGUAAUUGUUUACUUUGAUUGAGCUCCUACCAUGUGCUGAGAGCUUCUUAUUCCUUUCUUAUAUCUCUUUCUUCCCAUGGCCUUGACCUUCCCCAAGUUUCUGCCUUCUCAUAUGAACAGCUCCUGCUCUCUUGAAUUUGGUUAACGAAUUAUUCCCCUUAGACAUCUUCCCAAGAAACUCAGCACAGGCCUCUGUCUUGGCACAGCUUUGUACCCGGGGAUCAUGGACGCUCUGUUAGGUGCCUGCACCCUCCUUUGGUGGCCUGUGUCAUCCCCUUUUCUUUCCAAAGCAGAAUGGAAAAGUGGCCAGAAAUUGCUAGAGGCUUAACUUUUUCCUAAGAACCUGCAGAAGGAGCUGUGUCCUGGGUCAGGAGUGAGGGCAGAUGGUUGCUCUAGGCCCAGGUAGCUUAAUCCCUUAUUUGGGCUGAAAACUGACCACGAAAAGGAAAAUGACAACGACAUCUGUGUUCUUAGGAUUUCGGAUGGAGUGCUUUUUUGGCCUGGGAAUUUGCAAGGUUGAGCCUACUCAGAGCUGGUGUCAGGGUCUUAAACAGUCCUUCAGCUCCACUUACAGCACUUGCCAACCAAGACCACAUAUUUGGAAAGCCCAAUGCCCCGCCCCAAGAAGCUGUUGAGACUUGUUCUUUGCUGAAUUGGAUUGUUUAUUUGUAGUUCAGAGGUACAGCGUUAGUUGGUAAUUAGACUGUUAUUUGAUGUUAGCAGCGUGAAAUGCUAGUAAGAAAUAAAGGAGGCCUCUCUGGACAUUUAUCAACCACUUGGCCAUUCCUGUUCUAAAUAACAAAAAUCACUUGUUAGCUUCAUUUUUGCUCAUGAUGCUGUGCUCUCUUAGGGGGUGGGGGGUGGGACAUAGAAAUCCCCUUGACUCUCAUUGGCUACCUGGUAAAUCUGUCCCAGAAUUUUCAAGACCUCUCAGACCUAACGUGACCAUCUGUCAGAUCCUCCUGGUUUCUAGAAGCUAGGAAGCUCAUUUGAAUCUGUGCAUCAGAGGCACAUCCUUCUUGGAGCUCUGGCCGCUGCCUCCCUGGUUUGACUUGGCCCUUGGUGAAUUCCCACAGGACAUGCAUCGUUGUGGACACUGGCUUAUCUCCUCCCUGCAGGGGAGCCAAGUGGCCUGAAGCCUGAGACGGCUGUUAGGGAAACAGACGGGAAUCAUGCAAGGUUCUCCCUGUGAAGAAAGGGGUAAUAGUUUGAGAUCCUCAAACUGAGCUGUCUCCUAGGGACUAGGGGCUGCUCUGCCAGUGUCGCCUUUGGUGGGCAGUGGGUGAAGGCACAAGAUAAAGUCAAUCUACCGUGGAAGACGGGCAGGAUUCCUGUCUUGAUUACCUUUGAGUAAAGGCAGUGGCUCUUAGCACUUACCUAUCUUCUGGGGCAAAGUUAUAAAGUCCAGCGAGGGGUUGCUACAAGUCAUUGCCGGCAGGAAAAUUAGGUCAUCUGUGAUACUUUCACAGCCUUUCUACAGCUAGCUCUGAACUACUUGCCACCAGUGUCAACUGGAUCCUUGACACCAGAAUUCCCCCUUUAGAGUGGAUGCGUAGGUUAGUUAGAACCAGUGAGAAGGUUUGUAUAGUAGCUACUUUGGGGGAAAAACACUGGGGGAGGAUCACUUCACCAGCACCAGUAAAAAGGUCCCUUUCUUGAUAUGUUUGAGAGAAAUCUUAAAGGUUACUGAUACAGACGAAGUUGGUGGCAGGAGUAAUUCCCACCAAGCAACUCCAAAAUACCUUAAAGUCCUUGUCACUAAUUGUAAACAGGUUAACACAGCAGCUGUGACAUAUUUAAGGGCUUCUACCAUCAGCCAGGGAAACUGGGCCCUGCAGGUUGAGGCAGGAAGGUGGCUGUAAAAAUGCCACCCUGGGAUUCCCAGAUUUGUAUUCACCACAGUGACUUCCAGGUCUGGUUUCUACCCAUGUUCACAAAAGAGAUGAGAUGUUUGAACUGUCCCCAACAAUAAAGAUCUGCUUAAGAAAAA